AUGUCUAACUCACAAGAGCAGAGCCUCGAUGAGAAUGUUGUGUUCCUGCCGGUUAAAGAGACCUCCCCAGAGUUCCUCUACUGUGAGAGGGAGCGUCAUGUCGUGGAGAGACUCCUCAGUGCAGGACCAGAGGCCUUCUAUAGCUCCAUUGGGCCAGAGCAGUCUGGCUGCUUCCUUUCAUCAGAAGAGGUCAGCCAGAUUACGAGCUGGGCACAGGACUACCACUUCAACCCGCUACAAGUGCAAAGACUAGAGAAUGGCGAGGAAAACGGCACAGACGUGAAAGACUUCUGUUCCACUUACUAUCCCUCUCAUUCGGACAUGCCAACCCCAGACCUAGAGCUGGGCUGGCCUGAGAAAAGUCCAUGGGUGCCUAAGGGGAGUGUUACAGUCCACACCAGUCCUCCUGCUGAGGGGGAACCUCCUGUCAGAGAGAUCAUUAGACGUCACCUACAGAAGGCCACCCAAGUAUGUAAAUAUAAUGAUUUAGUGUCGGUUAAAGCAAAUAAGCAUAAACUCGAGUCAUUUUCUAGGGCAGAACUUGUUGUAAAUUGAAAUUUUAUAUGCGAUACUACUUAAAAACAGUAAGUAUAUGGGUAGUUCAAACUGAAAUAUUCACCAGGUAGUCUGAUAUGUAGAAACGUACACUAGAUGGAGCCCCUAGAAAACAAAAAUAUGUUCAAAAGAUCUGUAUUUUUUCCGCAUUUUACUUUCUUUUUUACUUAUUUCACCCUUCCGGUUGAGUCAAGACUCAUAGUUUGUUUUUAUCCUAUAGGAUAACAAAAGGUUUCAUUGACACUUUCGAGCUAUCCUGUCAAAAGCAAGCUAAGUCCCCUCUCUUGUACAACAACACAGGUUAUUGCCAUCGUGACAGACAGAUUGACAGACGGCGCAAUUAUUGGGGAUUUACACAAAGCUGCCUCUCGGGGUGUCCCUGUUUACAUCAUCCUGAACCAAAGGUCCAUUCAGGAGAACUUCACGCUCAAUAGGCUCAGGCAUCCGGUGAGUCACCUCUUCUGCACACACCUAGCAGCUAUCCGCUCCUGCCUGUUUCACAUUGUACUAAUAAACAAAAGAUUUUAUUUAAUCAAUCAAUCAAUCAAUCACCACCUGUCCACCAAAUCGAUGACUUAUGUAAUGGGUCACUGAAAGUGAGUUUGGUAUCACUCUUAUUAAAAACUUGUGACACUGCAUUUGUACUCUGAGGUAUCAUAUAAAGUGCAAGAGUGUCUUUUCACUGUGGCAUUGGUAUGUGAGGAAUGUGACACGUACGUUAAGCAACACAAAGCCUAACUGGUUGCGCAGCAUUCAGUGUUAUCUGCGUUUCUUCCAAGAGAUGAAAACAAAAAAAAAAAACUGCCCGAUGUUGAAAACCAAGUCAGAAAAAAAUGCAGUAGCUUGUGGGAAACUUACCAAUAUGACUUAUCAAUGAGCAUAGUUUAUAAAUCACUGAUCAAAGAACAGAUUACCUAAAGUGACUGACAAAUAACAGGUUGGAUUGUUAUAGAGACGUAAAAGACUGGAUGGCCCUGAGUGUUUUAAAUUUCAAUGAAAAGGAAACUGAAUUAUUCAUCUUUGGCUCCAGUGGGGCCCAGGAGACCCCUCUCAGGGAGCUGGACCCUCUUGUACCUCCUUUUAAACCCACAGUUUUAAAUCUUGGUGUAAAAUUUGACAAUUAUUUUCAGUUGGAUCAACAAAUCAACUCUGUUGUUAAAUCCAGUUUUUAUCAUCUGAGACUUUUAUCCAUGAUUAAAUCGGUUUUAUCUUUUAGUGAUUUUGUGCGAGUCAUUCAUGCUUUUAUUUCCAAACGGUUGGACUACUGUAAUGCUCUUUCCGUUGGUGUUACUCAGGCUUCCCUCAUGUUCCUUGAGGUCUGCUAAUCAGCUCAUUGUACCAAAAACUCAUUUGAAAACCCAUGGCGACCAAGCUUUCUCAUCAGUGGCUCCCAAAUAGUGGAACAAAUUGCCACUCGAGAUUAAAACAUCCUGAUUUUUCUACUUUUAAAACACAUCUUAAAACUCAUUUUUAUUCCUUGGCUUUUAGCUCAGCAUGAGAGUUGUGUGAUCUCUGUCCUUUUAUGUCUUUUAAUGGUUCUUUUCUCACUUUUUGUUCUUUUAUGCUUUUGUGUUUUUAUUUCAUUUAUUUUAUUUCAUUUUAAAUGUUUUUAACUUGCUUUUAUUUAUUUCAUCUUGAUGUUUUCUGCAGUGUCUGUUCUUUUAAUUUUAUUGUGCAGCACUUUGGUAAACUUGAAUGUUUUUUAAAAUGUGCUGUAUAAAUAAAGCGGAUUGGAUUGGAUUGGAUAGCCAAAACUGUAAUCUUAUACAUAUGUAGCCAUACUAAAGCUUUUACACUAUCCGAGCGAUGUAGCUAAAGUUUAAAGAAACUCUUGUAAUGUAUAAGUAUGAUCCUCCAUUUUUAAAAACUGUUUCCAUUACAAAUAUCUUGACGUACAAACUGUUACACACACAACAACAACUACCACUCAACCGGCAGCCACCCAAUAAAUAUAAAAACGCAUAUGGCCCUAUGGUUAAAAACAUGGCGGUGCAAGAUAGCGUCCUCUGUAGAGGAGGACUCGCUUAUUAUAAAUGUUAUAAUUAAUUUCUACAGAGUAUGUUUGACUAAACACUUUAUGUUAUGCUGUUUAACCUUACUGGGCUUCAGCAUCAGAUUUACAGCCACUAAAAUUUGAUAUUCAUUCAUCCUCAAAACUGAGUUAAUUUCAAAAGUAUUUUUUUAAUGUGUUUUUUUUGGGUGGUUUUUGCCUUCAUGGAUAGGACAGUGUGGAAAUAUGGGGAGCUAGAGCGAGAGGGGUGAGGACAUGCAGGACAUGGUUGGGGCCAGACUGAGACCCACGGCCGCUGCAGUUACUGUGGUCCACAUGGGGCGCACUCACCAGCUAGGCCAUCUCCGCACCCUAAUUGUUUAAAAUUUUCUGUAGCAACAAUUACUUUUCACAAAUCUAGCCAUAUCUAAAAGUCAUGCUAAAAAAAACCUGCUUAAUUAUAACACGUCCAUUAGUUUGAAUUUGGGGUUUUGUCCCAUCAAGCAAAUAUUAGCGUGCUCGUGUGCUACUUAAACUUGAACGUUGCAUAUUUCAGUGACACUUCCAGCAACCUCUGCUGUACGUAAUAAGAUUAUACCUCAUAGUGUUUGUGCAGUUGCUGUUAUUGGGAACAAGCUAACUCUUACGUUAGCCUCAUUACAUCACCGUCAUAAACCUCACAGAGCUAUGUAUGAGCUAACUAUUUCUUUGUAGAUAUUUUAUCAUGGAUAAACACAGACUUUUGGUCUGGUCCAUGAAACUGCGUUUUAAUUGACUUGAGGGGAUUUUGCAGAACAUGCAGGUCCGAGUUCUUGGAGGGAAAACCUUUUGUUCGAGAGCGGGAAGGAUGGUGGUCGGAGAAAUGAAAGAAAAAUUCCUUCUGGUGGAUUUAGAGACAGUGAUUCAUGGCAGCUACAGGUGAGUGGUUCACGUCUUUCAACUCAUCCUUUUUCACACGCUUGAGAGUUGUGUAACAAGCUGUCUCUGUUCCCUGCAGCCUCACAUGGACAGAUGCCCACUUGCACAGGCAGCUCAUCACUGUCCUCCAAGGACCUGUCGUUGACUCCUUCGACAGAGAGUUCAGGAUCCUUUUUGCAGCUUCACACCCUGUUUCAGACACAUGGAGGGUUGCGGGGACUCAUGCAGAUGUGACUCAAAAGCUGAAAGACUUUUCACAUCACGGGUUUCAAAAACAGCUCUCUUGGGAGCCCGAGAUAAUCAGCCCUCCUUCUCCUCCUGCUGACUCCCUCCUGGACUGGGAGGCCAUGGGAGUUAUCCACAGAGACUCCAACCUCCUGGACAGCCCUUUUGAUCAACAUGAGGAACAGGAAGAAAUUGUGGCCAUGGAGAUACCGCUGCAGAACAACAUGCUCUUGGCUAAAAACACACCUAUUGUGGAUGGUUUUACUAACAAUGGAUACCAAUUUGUGGAAAAGAAAAGGUACAUAUACAAGUUGACAUUUGCACACAAAAGAUCCGUUAACAGAUUCUGAGUAUGAUCACAGAAUAGUUAGGGAAGACAAGAUUUUGGGUGUUAGUUCAGGCUAAAAGGUAGGAUCCUAGUGCAGAUGGUGAUCGGCAGACUUGUGCAGUUUGUUGUAGGACGGUUGACGGGUAAACAGAAAUGAGGAAACAAAGUUGAAGUCGGAAAGUCCAGGCUCAAAAACAUCAAAAUGAAAACCCAAAACAGGGAAGCAGAGAACAUUUAAAAAAAGUAAAGUAGCAAGGCAGAGUCAACUUACAGUAUGUCGAGGAGGAAGAAAGAUAGAAAGACAGAAAAAGGCGUCAUGCGUCAUCGAAGUAGAAGUAUUACAACCCCAACCCGAAGGCUCAAAGCCCAAGGUCAAAAACCAAUGGAUCUUUGGGCCUAAGGGUUGGGGUUGUAAUACUUCUUCUUCAAUGACGAGCAAAAAGCAUUACACCUUUUUCCGUAUCUCUCUUCCUCCUCAACCUAAGAUGACUUUACCUCGCGACUUUGCCUUCUUUAAAUGCUUUUUGCUCAUCAUUGAAGUAGAAAUAUUACAACCCCGACCCUAAGACUUAAGGUCCAAGGUCAAAAACCAAUACUAGAUAGCUGGGAUCUUUGGGAUUUUGGGUGACACUGCAUUGAAAACAGACAAAAAAAUGGAAUUCAAGGGUGCAAAAUCACUUCCAAGACUUCCAAGUGAAUAACCUUUACACACUCUGACUAAUCAAAAUUUGACCUUUUUUUGGAAAUUAUGGACAUUUGCCCCUUUUUAAAAUAAAAUAAGUCUUUGAGUACUUUAUCUCCUCUCAGGUCAACAUGUUUUUGUGCUUCACGUUGUGUUCGCACAUUUUAAUCGAUGUUUUUUUGUGUGUUGCAGGAUCAGCAAAAACACCUCCCCAGUGACAAAACAUGCGCCGGACAAAUUAACAUUCAAGUAAGUCUUAUGGUAUAGUUCGGUUUGAUAUUGAUCAGCAAUGUUGUAUGUUUGUAUCCAUUUUGACUGUUUUAUGCUGAUCUUAUCCAGGGAGGAUUAUUUUAGUAAUGCAAAGCAGCCACAAACGGACCCGAGGUCUCCUGAAAGAAUGAAAAGGUACCUGACUACCAAAUGUGAAGAAAACACAUCAUAUAAACUAUUCUUUAUCGGUGUGUCAUAGAGUAAGUGUGUUUUAUUUCUCUACAGGGUGGAACAAGACAUAGAGAAAGCGAUUGCCAAGCAACUUUCCACAGAGACGAAAACAAAACCAGAGGACAAAAAGAAACAUGUAGAUAUCCCGAAAGAGUCAACACACAACAUGGUGCCACCUUCUCCCACAAAGAGAAGAGAGCGCAUAAGGAAGGACCCUAUUUUAGAAGAAGAGAGCAGCACAGAUGAAACAAGCUCCAAAGUGGAGAACACACCAUCCUCGAGAGUGAGUAACCGUCCUUUGCUUUCAUAGCACUAGAAUUAACUUUGAGACUAAAACUGAGACGUGUUACUCACCUCUCCCCACAGAAACCUUUAAUCCUGAGGGUGCCGCAGUCUGAGAGCUUCAGCUCCCUCAGUGACAUUAUGAAGAGGCUUAAGCUUCAGGAGAGCACCCCGGUGCGGCUCAGGAAAGGAACAAAGACCGCUGCGUCAGAGAUGAGUCGGUCCAUGAUGGAUCUGAGUACACCCAAUGCAGAUAUGAAUCAUGAUGAGAGAGGAAUCCCGGUACCAAGGUUUAAGGCUGGUGUAAGUGUAAUUUAUCUCUGUACUUAUGAAGAAGGAAGGAUGGAGGGAGGAAUACUUUAUAAAAAUAAGUUAAAAGCUUCCAGAGAUGGUAUUUUACAGUUAAAUGAGAUGGAAAACAACAUUAACAAUAACAAAUUAGAAGAGUACCAUAAAAUCAAAACAAUGAAACAGAUUUAUUCGGCUUCCCACAGAUCAUCAAACUGCGGCUUCGGUUUCGUCAUCAUUUUUUUAGGUUUUCAGACGUGAGAGGAUUUCGGUUUUUGAUGCUCACAGACUUCAAAUUUAGAAAUAUUUAACCAUAAAUAAGCAUUUUUCCAUUGUGAUUGUUGUAAGAGCAUAGGGUACAGUUUACAUUUGGGCUUUUUAGAGGUUGAGGGUUUUUAGUGUAAUGCUGUUUGUGGUUUGGGUAACAUGAUUCUUGUAUCAAGGAUUUUUUGACAUAAAUUUGUAUACGUAUCGGAGGGAAGCUGAAGUGAAAGUACUGAAAAGUUUAAAAGAAGUACCUACUAAUGAUCACCUAUCAAGGAUUAUAGAGGAGAAUUAAAUGACUGUAUGAAGACUUUUUUGAUAGUUCGAGGUGUUUUUGUGUCUGAUAUCUUUUCAUACCCAAAAAGCUAAUUAAAAUAAGUUUCAUGUCUUUGAUUUUUAUUUCGAUCUCUGUUACCUUGGCAGUGCUUUGACCCGGGUCACACACCAGCUUCCUCUCUGAUAAGGCACAGGAGUGAAGACUUGAAACCUUUGUUAUACAGAACUCCUAAAAACUUUGUGCCCAGAGAGAGGCCGCGCAGCUCCAGCUAUGCCCUCAACAUGAACUGGAGGAGGUCCCUGGCGGAGAUGACAAGCGAACAAGAAUGA